AUGGAAGAUGGCACGCGUGGGAAUAGUCAGGAAGAUGGUGAGAGAAGUCGUUUACUCGUGUCUCGUAAGGACUCCGUCAAGUGCGGAACGAGUUCGAUGGCCAAUGCAUACUUUAAUUUCACUAAUUCUAUUAUUGGAUCCGGACUUAUUGGCCUGCCCUUCUCCCUGGCCCAGGCUGGCCUUCCACUGGGGAUGUUGUUGCUUUUUCUGGUUGCCCUCAUUACAGACUACUCCAUCAUUUUGUUGAUAAAAGGCGGCAAGUUGUCAGGGACGCACAGUUACCAGGCCCUAGUACACGGCACAUUCGGCUUUGUGGGGUUUAUGAUUUUGUCAGUACUGCAAUUUCUGUAUCCAUUCAUUGCAAUGAUAAGCUACAACAUCAUCACUGGAGAUACUAUGACCAAAGUGUUUCAGACAAUACCAGGAGUUGGCUCUGGAAGCUUCUUGUCCAGCAGACACUUUGUCAUCGUAAUCUCCACCGUUUUCUUCACCGGGCCUCUUUCACUGUACAGAGAUGUAGCUCAGCUGGGAAAGGUGUCACUGGUGUCCAUGGUGUUGACUCUGGCGAUCGUCAUCACAGUAGUUGUACGAGCUGUAACACUCGGACCACAAAUCCCCCUCUCCCAGGAUGCCUGGGUGUUUGCCCGUUGGAAUGCAGUUCAAGCAGUUGGUGUCAUGGCUUUUGCCUUUAUCUGCCAUCACAACAGCUUCAUGAUCUACGAAUCGCUGCCGGAGCCCAGUCUGAGGAACUGGUCCUGCGUCACACAUGGCUCUGUGGGCUCAGCUGCCUUAGUCAGUGCAGUGUUUGCUGUCGCUGGCUAUGCUACUUUUACCGGGUUCACACAGGGUGAUAUAUUUGAGAACUACUGCAAAAAUGAUAUCUUGGCCACCUUUGGUAGAUUCUGCUAUGGCCUGAGUAUAAUCACCACUUUCCCAUUAGAGUGUUUUGUGACAAGAGAGGUGGUGUCAAAUGUUUUUUACAAUGGGGCACUUAGUAACACUGUCCACAUCAUAGUUACCUUGGCGAUAAUAUCAGCAGUUACUGCAAUAUCACUCUUUUAUGACUGUCUGGGUGUUGUGCUGGAAUUGAAUGGAGUUGUGAGUGCCACCCCAUUGAUCUUCAUCAUCCCUUCGGCCUGUUUCCUGAAACUCUCCGGUGGGAAUUGGUUUCAGAGGAAGAGGCUAAUUCCAGGCCUUAUUCUCACCAUUGGGGUCUGUGUAAUGAUCAUUGGUUUGGUUAUGACAGCACUCUAUGCUCAAGACUGCUCACAUGGAGCAGAGAUGUUCUACUGCAAAAUCACAGACUCCUCUGGUCCCACUUUUUCUACAGACAGUCGUGUGCUACAGAGCAUAAAUGCCACUCAAAACAUUAGCAUUUUUUAG